GCUCGAAUAAUCAAAGAUUUCGCGUUCGUAAAGACACCAACCCGAGCGUAGGUAUGUAUACCUAUAGUAAAAUUGGCGGGUUUAUCACAUAUGGUGGUGGACGGAUGGUGCUGAGUUGCAAUCAACCAUAACUGUCAGGUCGCCAAGAGCAUCGGAUCGGGACAGCGGGACCAACUCAAGUUUAUAGUAGGUUCAGCUCAUAAACAUCGACAGAGGACGUGUGCAGCUUCCUAUGCUUCCCCGCGAAAGAACCCGUGCAUCGUAAAAAUACGCGCCAUUAGAGCUGCAAGUUUCUUUGUCGUUUGGCUGUACGUGCAAAGCACAUAACCUCAAAAAUCGUGAAUUUGAUCUAUGUAAAUAUUUUGUCAGCGUUUGAGAAGAAGAAGUACAUUGGUGUUGACUACUCUUGCAGAAAUAUUCUAAGCUGGAUACAUGUCUUUUAUUCUCAAAAUGCAACAUAUCGAAUUAGGCUCGGUAGAGCGUAGAAACGGGAACUCGACGUACCAUUGGAAGAUUCCAAACUUUAGCGAGCACACGGACAUCAACGUCGUUAAGCAUCUAGCCUCACCUCUGUUUAGCACCUCUAACAUUGGGGACGGCUUCAAGUGGCAAAUGAAGCUGACUGCUAUAAGGUAUAGGUUAAGCAGCCGCCGAUUUAUAUCUCUAUAUGUUGAGUGUCUCUCCCACGAGUUCCGUAUGGCCACUAUAAGUGCGGGCGUCAUAAAAAAUAAUGGAACGAUCUUGGAAGGACAGACCAAAGAAUACAAGAAACGUGACACGACACUGUCGAUAUUAGUGCACGAUCAAGAUGGGAAAGAUUCAGCCAGUCCGUCACUUCUCAUCGAUCAAGGUUAGCCCCAUCACUUACAAGAAGAAUCAACUGAGCCGUGAAGUAAGCCUGCGUCUAGAAGAGUUCGACGACUUCGAGAGCAUACUGAAUGAUCGCAACUUCAGCGACGUGAGCAUCAGCAUCGAGGGCAAAACCAUCAUGGCGUGUAAGCUUAUUCUCAUGAAAAAGAGCCCCGUCUUCGCAGCCAUGUUUCGAGCGGACAUGAAGGAGCGCAACAAGAAUGCUGUGCUAAUCGAAGACAUCAAGUACGACAUUUUUAUGGAACUGCUGCGCUUUAUAUACUCUGGGAAAGUGCGCCAACUCGAGACAAUCGCCGUGGAUCUCUUGGCAGCCGUGGAUAAGUAUCGAAUGGAAAAUUUGAAGACCAUGUGCGAGCUCGAGCCCAUUAAACAGAUGGGCAUCGAUGACGCAGUGCGGAUGUUGAAGCUGGCCGACAAAUAUCGCGCUAAGAAACUCAAGAAGCGGGCGAUCGAGUAUAUCGUCGAGAACAAGAUCGAUAUCUUCGAUCAGGCGGAGUUCCGGGGACUCGACAAGGAACUGAUGUACAAUAUCUGUCAGGCUAUAAAGUAAAGGUUUUAAUAAUUCGUUGUUUUUAUAGUAAUCUAAAAAGAUUUGAUUUUGAGUUUAAUGUGUUAGUUGUCAAAUUCAACUAUUUUAUUUUUUGUACUUGUAGUGUUACUAUUAGCAUAUCGAUACUGCCAAUACACUGUUUUUACAGCAAUUUAUAAACGCUGAUAUGAUAAACAGAUAAAACCAAAUGAAUAUUGAGUAAAUUUUCGUCACAAUUAUAAUUUUUUUUAAAUUUACGAAUCAUACAUCCGCAAAAAUAUGUAUACAUCUACAAUCAGCCAACAUUCGAAAGAACAGCGCAUUUUAACCCUUGAUCGCCUGCAGAUCUACAAAGAAUAAAAUAAACACGAAAUUCGUAAACGAUCA